UGCUUCUCCAUCAAGAAAAAAAUCUAUUGAAUAUUCCCUUAGAAAAGCGAGCAGAAAACAUUGCUGAGAAUGAUCCAUAACAUUUAUUCCAGAAUUUCCAGUAAUGGGGUAGGGCAGGAACUCUAAACAUACUUGUCUUUCCUGCUCCUUUUCAAUUUGAUUACAGCAGCAAAAGUCGUCACUCCUAUUUCUCCUUAGUGGGUAAAUUCUAAGGGAAAAGAAUAGUAAUCCUAACUAUAUCUGAAGUUUUUGCAGUUUGGGCUUGAACCUCUGGGUGUCACUGUUGACCAGAAUGGAGCAGAAAUGUGAAAUCCUGCCCAAUCGAAGAUGCCUUUCCGUUAAACACAAGCACAAAAUAUCUGAAGGAACAAGCUGCUUGUCAGUGCAAAGAAGAAAUGGAAGUGCAUUUUCCUUAGAAAAAAAUUGGAUACAGCAUCUCUUGAACCAGAAUCUAAGGGUCUUUAACCUGCUGCAAGGAUGGAAGGAAUUCAGAGGCUGUGGAACUGCAGAAAAGGAAUCUUCCAGUGCCUUUUCAUGAUGAUUUCUUGGAAGGCAGUUUCUGGGCAGAUCCACUACUCCAUUCCAGAAGAGAUGCACAAAGGCUCUUCUGUGGGGAAUGUUGCAAAGGACCUGGGAAUGGAUGGCAAGCUGCUCCCAAACCAUGGACUCCGCAUUGUUUCCCCUGUAGGUAUGAUUCAGUACUUUUCUUUGAAUGCCAACAAUGGCCAUUUGCAGAUAUCUGAGAGAAUAGAUAGAGAGGAAAUCUGCAGAGACGCAGAGAAAUGUAUGUUGAAGUUUCAGGUUCUUGUUGAAAGCAAACUGAAGCUUUAUGGAAUUGAAGUGGAAAUUACGGAUAUAAAUGAUAAUGCUCCCCACUUCCCUCUAUGGGAACAGGAGCUGGAAAUCAGUGAGGCAUCUAUGCCUGGAUUCCAGAUCUCUCUUCCCAAAGCUCAAGAUCCAGAUUGGGGGAUAAAUUCAGUGCAGAGCUAUCAACUCACAGGCAGUAGCAAUUUUGCUUUGCAUGUGCAAACAGAAGAAAAUGGUGCCAGACUUGUUGAACUUGUGUUGGAAAAGUCACUGGACAGAGAGGAACAAUCAGCUUACGAUUUGCUUCUCACAGCUACUGAUGGAGGUGAUCCCAUCAGAUCUGGCACAUUACAAAUCCACAUUGUUGUCAUUGAUGCAAAUGACAAUGCACCAGUUUUCAGCCAACCUCUCUAUGAAGUGAGUGUCAGUGAGAAUAUUCCCAAGUGGUCCAUACUUUUGACAGUGAGAGCAACUGAUAUGGAUGAAGGAAUCAAUGGAGACAUUAAAUACUCUUUCCAACAAAUUACAAAGCGCGACUCCCAAAUGUUUCUGUUAAAUUCCACAACAGGGGAAAUCAUCCUUAUUGGGAAUCUUGAUUAUGAGGAAUCAUCUUUGUAUGCAUUUGAGAUACAAGCUAAAGAUGGAGGAAGGCUGAGUGACAGAUCAAAAAUUGUGAUAUCUGUUAUGGAUCUGAAUGACAAUGCACCUCAGUUAUCAGUUACCUUUGCCACGAACACCAUACUUGAAAGUUCACCAUCCCAAACGGUAAUUGCCAUUUUAAAUGUCCAAGACCGAGAUUCAGGAAUCAAUGGGGAAAUCACAUGUUCAAUCCCUAGCAAUCUCCCUUUUCAGCUAAAGAAGUCCAUGGAUAACUUUUACAGUUUGGUGACUGAUGGUGCCCUUGACAGGGAACAGGUGUCAGUCUUCAAUAUUACUGUCACUGUUACUGACCAUGGAGUCCCCCCUCUUUCUACAGUCACAGUUAUCACACUUCAUGUUUUAGACACAAAUGACAACCCACCCCUCUUUGAAAAAACAGACUAUACUUUCUAUUUUGUUGAGAAUAACCAAAGAGGAGCCAUGGUCUCUUCCUUAAGAGCAAAUGAUCUUGACUGGGAAGAAAAUGCCAGAAUAACAUAUUCCAUCACUGAUGACCAAAGAAGUGACUCCCGCCUCUCCUCCUACCUCUCCAUUAACUCUGAGACAGGGGUUAUAUAUGCUCUGACCUCCUUUGAUUAUGAAGAGUUUCGAGACAUUCGGUUCCGUGUAAAGGCUCAGGAUGGAGGUUCUCCACCACUCAGCUCCAACGUCUCAGUGACUCUCUUCAUCCUGGACCAGAAUGACAAUGCUCCCCAAAUCCUGUACCCCUCCCCUCCCACUGACGGCUCCACAGGGAUAGAGCUGGCCCCUCGCUCCUCUGAGCCAGGCUACCUGGUCACUAAGGUGGUGGCUGUGGAUGCGGACUCUGGCCAGAAUGCCUGGCUCUCCUACCAGCUGAUCAAGGCCACCGAGCCAGGGCUCUUCACUCUGGGGCUCCACACGGGAGAGAUCAGGACGGCCCGCUUCUUUCUGGAUAAAGAUGCCCUCAAGCAAAGCCUGGUGGUUUUAGUCAAGGACAAUGGGCAGCCACCUCUCUCUGCUUCAGUCACUCUGACUGUGGUGCUGGCUGACGCCAUCCCUGCAAUCCUCUCAGACCUGAGCAGCAUCUCAGUUCCUGUAGAGCCUCCGUCUGACCUCACCUUCUACCUGGUCCUUGCAGUGGCUUUUGUCUCCUGCUUGUUCCUCAUCUUCCUCCUUGUGUUACUGGCCAUCAAGUUGCACAGAUGGAGAAAUUCUCAGCUACUUGAAUCGGGGAGUGUGAAUUUCAGUGGUGCUCCUAUCUCACAGUUUGUGGGGAUUGACGGAGUCCGAGCAUUUCUGCACUCCUACUGCCAGGAGGUUUCUCUCACUACAGACUCUAGAAAGGCACAUUAUUCCAAUACUCUGAACAAUAAAGAAGCUUGUGAAGCAAAGGAUCCUAUCCUACCUGGUGAAGAUUUAAACUUGAACAAUGAAGGCUUAAUCGUAGUCCAGGUGAGCAAACAAUUUUAGAUAAGCAAUGUUUUUAUUUUGUUAAUAUCAGAAUAUAUUUCCCUCCUGCCUCUGCUUUCUCAUUAUAUUCAGAACUAUGUCAGUCUUCUUUCUAUUCCUUUCAGUCCACCUUCUUUUAGUCAUCACUGGGUAUGUGAUACUUCUGUGAAGUAUCUUCUUUCAACAAAUCUUCAUUUUGAUGCAUCAGAUGAUCUGUCUUUGUCUCUUAUUUUGGACUGCUGGUGGAGGCUCACAAAACCUUGUGGACAUCUAUAAAAAACAUAGUUCCCUACAUAUUGAAAACUAUCAUGUAUGGGAGAUAGGGAGAAGGCUAGGCUGAUAACUAUCAUCCUAUUUUCAUGUGGAGGUAUAUUCCUCUCCCCCUGCUUUGAACAAGUCCUCAGCAUUUGAGUUCCUGUUAGAUUCAUUUAAUGCAUUCUUAAUUGUUUUAACUUAGUAUGUUGUAUUUGGCUUUUGUUUCAUAUUUUUAUGACUCUUCCAAAUAGUUGGUGGUUUAAAAAAUCUGUAUCAAUAAAUAAGUAUAUAAAUGUGAGCCCUCACCUGCCUUGCUACUGGUAAGUUGUAGUUAUCUGCCUCGGUGAAAACUAGGGCCAAGUAUCCUAUGACAAAUAAGUGUUCAUUCCCAUCUUUCAACCAAUAACCUCUUUCCACUUCAUACCCAACUGCCCACCAGUAAGCUGAUACUGAGAUUCUCAUUGCUACAAGACUUCUUUUUUAAAAAGUAAUAAUUUACUUAACUCUUUUAUUGGUUGAGUUAUUUUGGCUGUUGGUAUAUUUUAGCAUGAUAAAAUGAGGAGAUUCAAUGGUGAGGGGACUCUGGGAAGAAAUUUAUAAGCAAUUGUAUUGUAAGAUUGGUUGCAUAAUGCUCCUUGUAAUUUGCAAUCUUCACCCGCUAUUGAACUACAGCAGCAACACACAAAUGCAUUUGGGGGGGGGGGGUAUUUUCUACUUUAAUGAGA